CCGUCUAAUGAUAACAAAGCUUAAAAGAAGGCAUCAAUGGCAGUGAUAAGCUUGGCCAAGCUACUAUUUUGGUUGACACAAGCCCCUGUUUACUCUGAGAGCAUGGGAGCGGACACCACCACUGGGCUCCUUGCAUUGGGGAUCUCCAUUUUCAAACCUUGCCGUCGCAAAGUCCGUUUUCAAGCCGGGAAGAAGGUAAAGUUUGUGGCGGUUCGGUGGCUCAGAAAGGAUCUGAUUUCAAGAUGCAGAGCUCCGGGUCGUUCCUGUUCCAGGUGUGUUUGUGUCUGGUGGUUUCUUUUGGCUCCUGCACCUGUAAACCUCUCAACAACGACGUCCAGAGCCCUCAGGACCCCGAGGGACUCUACGAUCAGCUGUCGGAAGAGGAUCUUCUGGAAGAGGAAGAUACAGAGGCCAGGAUGGAAAACCUCCUGGGGACAAUGAAGGAGGGCUUUCUGAGGAAACUCAACCUGUCAGAUGUUCCUCAGGAGAAAUGCAAGAUCUACCCACCUCAGUUCAUGAUGGAGCUCUACAACAAGUACGCCUCGGACAGCUCAGCGAACCCUCAGUCUGAUGUCAUCAGGAGCUUCACUGUCCAAGAAAUCCCUCUCUCUGUGACAAACGUCUCCAAGUCGAAGCACCGGCUGCAGUUCAACGUCAGCGUCCCCAGCCAUGAAAAGAUCACCACCGCUGAACUCCAGCUCUUCUUCUUCCCAGACCCCAGGUCAAGGGUCAUCGCCCACAAUUUCAAGGCCACCAUCAAAGUCUAUGAAGUGGAUUACAACUUCACAUCCACCACCCAGUUACUGGUUGGCAGAGAGCUGAGCAGCGUGGCGAGCACAUGGGAGACGUUUGACGUGACCACGGCCAUCCAGAGCUGGAUCAAGUCGGGCCGAGGAGCGACUGUUUUCGAUAUUUUGGUGGAUUGGAAGGACUGUGGCGCCUCUAAAGCUGGAGAAGAAGGAGCAGGAUGCUUAAACAUGAGCGUGUCUGUUGGAGAUAAUAAUUCAGCAGCUUUAAUCGUCUUCUCAGAUGACCUGGGCAGCAGGAGGAGGGAAACCAAGAAGGAAUUAAGAGAGAUGAUCCUCCAUGAAGAAGAAACCAUCUUACACUCGGGCGCUGAUUGGAACACAAAUGAUGAUCAGCUACAGAACGAGAUCCCGGAGGCCCAGCAGCGUCCGCAGAGGAAGAAGAGAAAGGCCGAGAGGGAAUACUGCCAGCGGACCUCCCUCAAAGUCAACUUCAGAGACAUCGGCUGGGACAGCUGGAUCGUGGCGCCUCCAGAAUACGACGCCUUCGAGUGUCGAGGCCUGUGUUACCACCCGCUGACGGACGAAAUGACCCCGUCGAAACACGCCCUCAUCCAGACGCUGAUCAAUAUCAGGAACCCCAAAAAGGCCAACAUGGCGUGCUGCGUGCCCAUCAAACUGGACCCCAUCACAGUGAUGUACCAGGAGAAUGGACGCCUCACCAUCAGAUACCUGUAUGAGGAGAUGAAGGUGGCAGAGUGUGGCUGCAGGUAGUCGCAGAGGAUCAGUUCGCUCUGGUGGAAGCACAGAACGGUUCUAAUGCUGCAUUUCCAACAGUCCAAUGUUAACACCCUCCAUUGGUCCAGUAGAAGGAACAUACCACAGGUCUAAGAACAAGAUUAGAAGGAACUUUUCCUAACUGUUGUGCAGCAGUUGCACUACAAAAUGAAAAAACCAGUACAAGUUAUAUAGAUGUCUUCGACAAUCUAUCCACUUUCUUAGAAUAGGGUAGUAGAAAAAACAUCUAAAAAAAUGUACUCAUGAAUGGUUCAAAUUAGUGUUGGGACAAUGAAACCUCGUGAAGCAUUUCCUUUAUUUUUUGACCCCACUAGAUGGCGGUCUUGGCUUUAAAAAAAAGGCUUCAUCAAUGGUGAUUGAGUGUGUUUUCAGCCCUUUGUUGAACAAAGAGCGCCAUCUCUUGGGCUCCAUAAAUAAAGGAAAUGCUUCACGAAGCUUCGUUGUACCAACACUAGAUCAAAUGAUUUCCAUAACAUAAAAGUAAUGCAUUGGAAUUUGUAGUUAUCCCUCAAAAUGUUGUUUAGUGAUGGAACAGGGCUGUUAGACGGGUCGACCAGGAGAAGGAUGUCUGUUCAUGAGAGUCAUGACAUUCCCGGAAGGGGGUCUUCCCCUAUUUUCCCCGUUUUUCCCAAAAACAUAGGAAAACAUAGGAACAUAGGACCCUUCUCCAGAAAAAGGGUCCUAUGUUCCUGCAAUCUAUCAAUCUUUCCGGUAGACUCUUAGCAUGGCCAGCAGGCCUA